ACGAAACAAAAUGGCGCGGCUCACUGUUGUUAGUUGUCUUCUUCAGUUCAAACGGCACUUUGCACGGUUGACAGAAAUCGGCCGAUUUCAAGUGCCCAAAGCUCAAGGGACAUACGAUGCUGGUCAGUUGUUUCUACACAAGGUAUUUGGUUAUAGAGGUGUGAUUUUGUUUCCUUGGGUAGCGCGAGUGUAUGACAGAGACAGAGAAUCCAUUGAGAAUGAAAAGAAUCUUGAAGAAACUCCAAGUAAUUUAAGUAAUAUAAGUAAAGAACUAAAGGCCCAAACAAGGACAUAUUACCAAACSUUGAUUGAUACAAGGGAUACUCCAUUCAUAAGAGCACAGCCAGAGAUUGUAACAUUCCUUGGACAUGAUAGCGACAAUGCACUGUACACCAUCCCAGGAUUGGAUUAUGUAUCACAUGGUGACAUCCUACCAUAUAUAAUCAGCGAUCCUUUUUCCAAACCGAUUAAUCAUGAUUUGUUUGAUAAAUUUUUAGCACCAGAACCUGGAAAGGUUCCACCAUUUAGCUGUAAAGAUUCUCUUCAAGUUUGGCAAGAAAAGAACCACAAGUGGUUAGAGCUGACAGAUGUUCAUAAAGAAACCACUAAUAGUGUCAAAGUAACAGUCAUGCCAUUUUUCAUGGGGGUCAAGAAAAUCCAACCCGCCCAUAACUACUGGUGGCGAUACUGUAUACGUAUAGAAAACUUAAGCCCAGAGACUGUGCAACUUAGAGAAAGACAUUGGAGAAUAUUUAGUCUUUCUGGUACGUUAGAAACCGUCAGAGGUCGUGGUGUUGUUGGACAGGAGCCCGUGCUGUCUCCCCAACAGCCAGCUUUUCAAUACAGCAGUCACGUAUCACUGCAGGCUCCUAGUGGACACAUGUGGGGAACGUUCAGGAUGGAACGGCCAGAUGGCAGUACCUUCGAUGUACGAAUACCUCCAUUUUCACURGAAAGUAARCAGGAAGAUCCCAUGCCCGUUGUAUGAAUACCUUUAUCAUGUAUACGGCUGUUACUAUGGUUUUUCCCUCAUGACGUCAUAUGAUAUUCGGCGAAAUGUAUUAUGGGAUUUAAGAAAGUCUACAAGCUUUUCCAGGUUGUUAUAUUCAAUCUAUGUAGCAAGUAAAGGCAAAGAAUUCAUCCAAAGAAUUCUAGACAAGUGAUAACGUUGAUUUUUGAAGAAUCUCCUCGGUCUGUAUCUCCGUGAAACKCCGCCAUCUUGAUGAUUUUAUCAUUACCGUGAUGCACUUUGCCAAAAUAAGCCGAUGACAUCGUUUGUGGAAAGGAUAUUGAACAAUUAUCGAUUUUAGAGCACCUAAAAUGCACCCGAAACAUGAUAAUUCAAGGUUGAUAAAUUGAUUAUUGUUACGCCAGGGUCGAACGUUGAAUUUGAUAUUGAAGUUUCUAUMGGUUACACGUGCGAAAGUCUUGCUUUGAGCUCACUUGUGUCAGAAGUAACACUUUUGCCGUACUUCACUAAAUUACAACCGCUUUAGUAAAUACUUUUUAAUUUUCUUAAAUUUAUAGAUGACAGAUUAUACAUUGUUUUUUAAUGAAAACACAGUUUUUACCUUUUAUCACUAUUUGACACUAAUUAAAUUUUUAAAAAAAGCUCUGGAAAGCUUGUUUAUAUAAAUAAAUGUCAACAGAAUUAAGUUAAACGAUUUAAGUUUGACGUUCGAACCUGGCUUUUACGCGUCUUUUUUUCAAUUCAGUAUCAUGCAGAUAUUUUAGUAUUUUGAUAUUACCACUACGUCCGCCAUCUUGAUGCCCGUUGUUCUUUUAAUGAAAUAUGGCAUACCAAUCAAUCGACGGUGAAGUUUGAUAGGAGCACUUUGUAUACUAUGGUGGCUUUCAGCAAGUUCUGUCAUCAGCUAUAAUCUUGAAUGUUUUGAAUCAAUGUUUUUAGAACAUAUCUUUACAUAUAUAAUUCUAUAAAAUUAUCAAAUAAUGAAUAUGAAUCUAUGAAAAUGUUCAAGUUAAUUCAAGAUGGCGGUGGUAUUGUUAAAAAAACGUUUUAUGAAUUGAUUUUCGAUUAGCUGAAGCAAAGAAGAUAUCGGGAAUGGCAACAGAAGACAUUUAUUUUUUUCAACGACCAAGAUGUAUUCAGGAACACGAAAAUUAUCUGUCAUUUUCAAGAAGUUGAAAUAACUCCACCAAUGAUGUUAGAGUUGAUAAAAMUUUCAAAAAUACGAUUAACUUUUUUAAUUCUUAACAUGUUUYAGCAUURCAUUAUGYCAUUCUCAGAAGAAUGAGAAUAAAAGUCGUUAUAAAUGWUGUUUAAAAGGAUUAGAAAAUUAAUCGUAUUCUUGAAAGUGUUGUUAAUAUCUCUGGUGCUACUACCAAGCUAUGGGAAGUUAAAGUUGCUCAACCUGGUGGAGUAAAUCUAUUCUGCAAUGCGAGUAGUUUUGACUCCAGAGGUUUAAAUCAACUCGAAAAGAGAGUCAUUACGUCAAAGGGUUUCAUAAUUGCUCUUUAGAAGAAGAGUCAAUAUCACUCCCCCAUAUGCAAAAAAAUGGUGAAGUUAAUAUGAAGUUAUCUGGUAUCUUUUUUAACAACUCUUUUUGGAAUUAUCUCAACUAGUGAAAAUAACAGUUUACCUAAUUGUAAAAACUUUGUCCAAGAAAAAAGUUGUACAAUUAUAUAGUUACGAUGUCCUCAGGACAAUGUUUUGCAGUUAAGUGUUUAUUGGAACUCUAAAACAAAUUUAAUGAAUUUUAGGGCCACAGUUUUUAUUGCUAAUAUAUAUACAUAUGAUAACAUCGUUAUUUUUGGAUUUUAAUAUAACCCUCUUGUUAUUAUUUUCCAUGCAGGUUCUAACUUGUAAUGAUCCUAAAAGACCAUACAGCAUGAUCUUACUUUGUAAAUAAAGAGCUUAAAUGGAUUUUCA